UCUGGUCUUUCGAACACGUUUGCUGUUUCCGGCUGCCAUCAGAAAACUCGUUCUCUUUUUUCGUGCAAACGUCGUACAGUGCGGAUCUGCAUCAAUAUGACCUCCAAAGUUUCGAAGGACAUUCUGUAUGAAUGCGUUAAUGAAGUGCUGAAAGGUGCCAAGAAGAAUCAUCGGCGGUUCCUGGAAACCGUGGAACUCCAAAUUGGCUUGAAGAACUACGAUCCUCAAAAGGACAAACGUUUCUCCGGCACUGUCAAACUAAAGUAUAUUCCUCGUCCAAAGAUGCAAGUAUGUGUUCUUGGUGACCAGCAGCACUGCGACGAAGCAAAGGCCAAUGAGGUUCCGUAUAUGGAUGCAGAAGCCCUUAAGAAGCUUAACAAGAACAAGAAGUUAGUCAAAAAGCUAGCUAAAAAGUACGAUGCUUUCCUGGCCUCGGAAUCGCUCAUCAAGCAGAUUCCCCGUCUGCUUGGUCCAGGUCUGAACAAGGCCGGUAAAUUCCCCGGUCUUCUGGCGCAUAGCGAAUCAAUGAUGCAAAAGAUCGACGAAGUUAAGGCGACCAUUAAGUUCCAGAUGAAGAAGGUUCUAUGUUUGUCAGUUGCCGUUGGUCAUGUCAAAAUGACUCCUGACGAAUUGGCUCAGAAUGUACAUCUUUCGAUCAAUUUCCUAGUGUCGCUACUGAAAAAGCAUUGGCAGAACGUUCGUUCAUUGCACAUCAAAUCAUCGAUGGGAGCUGCUCAGCGUUUGUAUUAAGAACCGGAAUGUUUCUAUUUUGUACGUGCAACCGAUACAAAUUUGAUUAACUAUUCGUAAGGUAAUUUUGCUCCAGUUAAAGCAAUAAAGGCUGUACUGUAGUCA